AUGCUCUCUUCCAAGAAAAAAAAAACCUCUCUAGCAAUGCACACCAAACUGAGCAUGUGCAGAGCGACUCCACACAAUGUGUCUUAUCAGGAGACAGUGGAAGAAGGGGAGGAUCAGAGAAGACAGGAUCAAACAGCGUUUUUACACAAUGCAGAGGAAUAACUUCUUAGGUUCCACAGUGAGUAUAACAAGCAUGCUUUACCAAACCAGGGGCGGACUGACAACUCAUAAGGCCCCCAGGCAAUAGGGGAUCAUGGGGCCCCUGUGUCCUUGCCCAGACUCAGAAAAGCCUAU